AUGAUAUACUCCAAGGAUCUAGCUUACAUAUUUGAAGAAUGGAGUGGAACAAAGUACUUUCAGGAAUAUUUUCUCCUGGGACUCUGCUGGUUGCUGACAGCAUUUUUAGCAGUUCCUUUUGGGCUUUGCUGCUUUGUAUACCUAUCCGCUUUUAUCAUCCAGAUCUUUGACAAGAUUUCUCAAUUAACAGGAAAUUCAUCCAACAAAUUACAAAGAAAAUGCCAAUUUGUAUUGGCGAACCUCUGGGAUAUCUUGGGGAAAAUAUGGCAUGGUUAUGAGCUACAUGGUCUAGAAAAUAUACCAGACGGACCAGCUCUUAUCAUUUAUUACCAUGGUGCAUUUCCUGUAGACUACAUUUUUUUCAUAUCAAGGCUCUUACUUCAGAUGAAGAUCACUUGUCAUACAGUGGUUGAUCGUUUUCUCUUUAAAACACCAGGCUUUAGAAGACUUCUAGAAGCAUUAUAUAUGUUUACUGGUAUGAAGAAAGAUUGUCUCUCUUUACUGAAAGAUGGCAAUUUGAUGUCUAUUGCACCAGGCGGGACACGAGAAGCCCUCUUUAGUGAUGAAACCUAUAAAAUUAUGUGGGGCAACCGUUUAGGAUAUGCUCAAGUUGCCAUAGAUGCAAAAGUGCCUAUUAUUCCUAUGUUUACACAGAAUAUCCGUGAGGGAUACAAGACGCUAGGAUUUAUACGAGCACUGAAAUGGCUGUAUGAAUAUAGCCGGUUGCCACUGGUUCCUAUAUAUGGAGGGUAUCCAGUCAAAUUGCGCACAUACCUAGGAGAACCAAUUCCAUAUGAUCCAAAUAUAACUGCUGAACAGCUAGCAGAAAAGACAAAGACUGCCAUCCAGGAUUUAAUAAACAAACACCAAAAACUACCAGCAAAUACAGGAAGAGCUCUACUGGAACGAUUUGGUGGCAAUGGCAAGAAAAAAACAAAAUAA